UCUUACUAAAAUUAUCCGCGAAAACAGUUUUCGGUGCUAUGAUUUUGCUCUUUAUUUAUUUUCUUUCCCUUAUUAUUAUUUAUUAUUCAAUUUCUCUGUCUUUAGUUUUCUCUUUGGAGCUCGUUCAUCAUCAUAUUCUUCUUCCUUCUCGAUUUUCCUUUUGCCUUUUCCUUCACCGAUUCGUUAUUAGGGUUUCUCUUCCUCGAUCAACGCGCUCGUUUCUUCACUCCUUAACGAUUUGGGUGUUUAAGAUUGGGCGUAUCAAUGAGUGAACGAAAAACUAUCGACUUAGAGCAAGGAUGGGAUUUUAUGCAGAAGGGAAUCACGAAGCUGAAGAAUAUUCUUGAAGGGCUACCUGAGCCUCAGUUCAGCUCUGAGGACUAUAUGAUGCUAUACACGACCAUAUACAAUAUGUGCACUCAGAAGCCUCCCAAUGACUAUUCCCAACCAUUGUAUGACAAGUACAAGGAAUCGUUUGAAGAGUACAUCAUAUCAACAGUAUUACCUUCUUUGAGAGAGAAGCAUGAUGAAUUUAUGUUGCGAGAACUCGUGAGGAGGUGGGCUAACCAUAAAAUUAUGGUUAGAUGGCUUUCUCGUUUCUUUCACUAUUUGGAUCGAUACUUUAUUGCUCGGAGGUCACUUCCGCCACUUAAUGAAGUUGGGUUGACUUGCUUCCGUGAUUUGGUUUACAAGGAAAUAAAUGGGAAAGUGAGAGAUGCUGUGAUUUCUCUUAUUGAUCAAGAACGUGAAGGAGAGCAGAUCGACCGAGCUCUAUUAAAAAAUGUAUUAGAUAUAUUUGUCGAAAUUGGAAUGGGGCAAAUGGAUCACUAUGAUAAUGAUUUUGAAGCUGCCAUGCUCAAAGACACGUCUGCAUAUUAUUCUCGAAAGGCUUCAAACUGGAUCCUAGAAGAUUCUUGUCCUGAUUAUAUGCUCAAGGCUGAGGAGUGUUUGAAACGGGAGAAAGAUAGGGUUGCUCAUUACCUGCACUCUAGUAGCGAGCCAAAGUUAUUAGAGAAAGUUCAACACGAGCUUUUAUCUGUGUAUGCAAACCAACUCCUUGAAAAAGAGCAUUCUGGAUGUCAUGCAUUACUUCGAGAUGACAAGGUUGAAGACUUGUCAAGGAUGUUCAGGCUCUUCUCUAAAAUACCCAAAGGCUUGGAUCCUGUUUCCAGUAUAUUUAAGCAGCAUGUUACUGAAGAAGGUACGGCAUUGGUGAAGUUGGCUGAAGAUGCAGCAAGUAACAAGAAGGCAGAGAAAAGGGAUAUUAUUGGCUUACAAGAGCAGGUUUUUGUUCGGAAGGUGAUUGAGCUGCAUGACAAGUACAUGGCAUAUGUGAACGACUGUUUCCAAAAUCAUACUCUGUUCCACAAGGCUCUCAAGGAGGCUUUUGAGAUUUUUUGCAACAAGGGUGUCGCUGGAAGCUCAAGUGCCGAAUUGCUUGCCACUUUUUGUGAUAAUAUUCUCAAGAAAGGAGGAAGUGAAAAAUUGAGUGAUGAAGCAAUUGAGGACACACUUGAGAAGGUUGUCAAGCUACUUGCCUAUAUUAGUGACAAAGAUUUGUUUGCCGAAUUUUAUAGGAAAAAGCUUGCUCGAAGGCUUCUUUUUGAUAAGAGUGCCAAUGAUGACCAUGAGAGGAGUAUUUUGACAAAGUUGAAGCAACAAUGUGGUGGUCAAUUUACCUCAAAGAUGGAAGGAAUGGUUACAGAUUUGACGCUGGCAAAGGAGAAUCAAACAAGCUUCGAGGAAUAUUUAACCAAUAAUCCUAAUGUAGACCCUGGAAUUGACUUGACAGUUACAGUUCUGACCACCGGUUUCUGGCCUAGUUACAAAUCUUUUGACCUCAAUCUUCCUGCAGAAAUGGUUAAGUGUGUAGAAGUUUUCAAGGAAUUUUAUCAAACAAAAACUAAACACAGAAAACUUACUUGGAUUUAUUCCUUGGGAACCUGCAAUAUAAGUGGGAAAUUUGAACCAAAAACUAUGGAGCUGAUUGUGACGACUUACCAGGCUUCAGCGUUGCUGCUUUUCAAUUCCUCAAAUAGACUGAGUUAUUCUGAGAUAAGGGCUCAGUUGAACUUGACAGAUGAUGAUGUUAUUAGACUGCUUCACUCUUUAUCAUGUGCCAAGUACAAGAUUCUUAACAAGGAGCCAAGCACAAAAACAAUAUCACCUACUGAUUAUUUUGAAUUUAAUUCAAAGUUUACAGACAAAAUGAGGAGGAUCAAGAUUCCUCUCCCUCCUGUGGAUGAGAAGAAAAAAGUAAUUGAGGAUGUUGACAAAGACAGAAGAUAUGCUAUCGAUGCCUCAAUUGUGCGUAUUAUGAAGAGUCGGAAAGUUUUAAACUACCAACAGUUAGUCGUGGAGUGUGUUGAGCAGUUAGGCCGCAUGUUUAAGCCUGAUGUCAAGGCAAUUAAGAAGCGGAUUGAAGACUUGAUUUCUCGAGACUACCUGGAAAGAGACAAAGAUAAUGCAAAUUUGUUCAAGUACUUGGCAUGAUGACUUCACAACUGAAGUUGUUACUGCAGUUGCCUACAAAUAGCAAAAACCAGAUGAUGAUACUUGGAGUCAAAGAAAAUCAGUUCCUCUUAAUUUCCUUAAAGGGAGGCUAUUAGUGCUUGUAAAUUUUGCCUCUAUAUCCAGGUAUCGACUGGCUAGUGUAAAUGUUUGUUUGUGUUGGAAAGGUUGUAAUCAGUGUUGUAGUUAAGUAGGCCGAGAUCGUAUUUUCCUUUUUGUUUUUUUUAUUGCCUGCUUUCCCAUUUGAUGACUUAGUUGAUGCUUGCCUAUUAAUUAUUUCUUCCACCCCAUAUAGGAAAUAGGAAUUGUGUUACUUUAGUUUAAGUGAAGUUGUAUUUUGAAUUUGAUCUUAAAAACCAUCCAAUGAGUGGGAAUGUCAUUCGGAUCCAAACCCUA